CUCUCAUCGUGAACAUCGUUUCAUUUCGCAGCUGGACCUCCUGGCAGCACCCGUAUCAGCAGUUAGGACAAAAGCCCGGACGAGAUUGUCGUGGUUAGAAAUUGCGAGCAUGGAUAGGUGUAGUAACCAUGGUAGCGAGUAAGCGGCUGUGGCUGAACAGGUUUAUCGCUUGAGGAAUUCAAAUGCAAAAUCAAACAAAGCCACUGUAUAGGAAGUCUGACCGCACGCGCACGCUACUUUGAAAUAACAGGAGGAAAGUUUGUAGUGGCCGUGCAACAAGGAAUCAAAAAAUACUUAUACUGAACGACCUCUGUAGAUUUUUUACAGCUCCUACGCAAGAGUCAACUCCACACAGCAAAGAAUCACAAAACAAAAAAUGGCCGACGACCCCAUGAAUAUCGACGACGUCGGCUAUAUUCCGGCCGAGAUCCGGGAGCAGACGGCAGGGUACGGGAACCGGAACGUGAAACAGGAGCCGCAGUACAGCAGCAACCAAAACGGCUAUGCAACGAGGAAACUGUGUGCAGUGUAAGUCUUUAAAAAUGCAUGACAGGAUUUGUCUGCCAUGCAGAACAUAUUUCUCAUGCUGUCACCGGAAGACACCUACACUAACACAGUUUUUUUUUUAUUGGAGAGCGGCGCGUCCGCGUCGUCGUCGUCGUCCAAUGUGCGUCUGUUUGGCGGCGGCGGACUGGCGAGGCCGAACGUGAAAGAGGAAAGCAAUUUGUCGGGUAUGGUGGGCAACAACGACGGAGACCAUCGUGAGAACAACGGCAACGACGGUAGUGCUCCCGCAAAUUUGCAAGACGGCAGCAAGGCCAAGUCGGAGAACAAGUUGCUAUCUGGCAAUUUGGACGAGAAUGACAUCGAAGAUCAGGCAGCGAAGAAGAACGAGGAGAAAAAGCGUAAGGCACAGCGGAAAAUGUAUCCCAAAGGAAAGUACACCCAAACUAGAAAAAAAAAAAUUGUAAGUAUGUAUUUUUUUGAGAAAGUGUUGGUGUACUUUUCUGGAGGAUAGAAUGCCCACCUUGAAGCGGUCAAAGUUUCUGGAUCCGAAAAACGGCAUCUGGAAGAUCAAAAACGAAUUCGCUUCGCUCAUGAUCGAGCCUAGAAAGAUUGACGAGGCAAAAAUAAAAAUUUUCAACAAGUCCGCGAUCGACCUGCAAGAGGCAGCCAAGAAACACAAGUGCUACUGGAAAUCCCACGACGCCAAGCCACACGAAAUCAUCUACGACAUCGGGAAACGGGUAUUUUUCCGUAGGGGGCCCUUUAAUCCAUGAAAGGAAUGUAGUACAGCUGCUGCUGCACCCCCAUGAUCAAGAAGGUCAGACCGCAGGAGAACAAGCAUGAAAGUAGAAAUUGUUACUUCAAUUAGAUCAAAUGCAAAACAACUACAGGUAUCCCUGACAGCAAUCCACUUUACGUUACGUGGGUGCGACAAGGACAAUAUCAGCUACAAUCCGAAGGGCGUGUCCGUCUCUUACGCACAAGAAAAAGAGCUCGCUCCCGACGCCCAGGCCUCCUGGUUGCCCGCGAAGAGAGUCUUCUGCCCGAAGGAAAAUAAGGAGCUCGAGGUACUCGCAUUUUGGGUUUUCUUUGGAAGUAGCAGCAAAAAUAUUUGAAUCAGAUAAUCCUUUCGUGCUGGCUUAUUAGAAAAUUUUGCACCAACAAGACGUGUCUUUUACAUCUUACAUAUAUCUCCAUCUUCCCUCUAACAACCAACACGAAAGGUUUCCUGGCGAUGCGAAGUGCCAGCGAGGUACUGAUAUCAAAGGGAAAAGUGCCUGUACACCAGGACCUGGAUGCAAUUGUCUUGCAAAAAUUCUCAAUGGAAACACUCCCUAUUUUCUUGCAGGUGAAAAACAUCAGCACAAGUUUUUCAUUCAGAAUAAGUAGAAAAAUCUGCGAGUGCGUUGAGCAACAGUGGAGCUUGGCAUGUCAAUAGGUGCUUUGCGCGCCUAGAAUCUUAAUCAUGAAGCUGCCGAGUCCUUUGAUGCAAUAGAAAAAGUUAGUACCGGAGCGCCGUAAUUCUUUUUUUCACCUGAGAAAAAGUUCGGAGCGCCCGAGGAUGUAUGACAGCGAUGGCUUCGGUCCGCCUGGCUCCGCUACCUGGGUGGCGGCCUGACCGUCUGCGGAAGAAGUUCCAAAAGCAGGUUUGGCGUGGUUCGUGGCUCCUGCAAUCGGAUGCACAAGACAAAAAGUUUCCAUUUGCAAACUGGGCAUGAUCUGAUAAGAUAUGUUCCACUUCUUCUGGAGGGGAUGCGGCACACCUUUUCACUAUGAUAACUAGCGGGUAGAAUUCGAGCAGGCGUGGGACGACGCGCCGCACAUGAUCAUCAGUGCCUGCAAGCUGAUGGAGGCUAACAAGAAAGAAUUCGGUAAGAAGGGCAACGAGUACGAGGAUUUGUUCCAGAUUUUGGAUUAUUUCCGAAAGUUCGCCAAAUCCUGCGACCAGAACCUGCAUUUAGAGGAUUUCAUUCGGCACAGCGAGAACACUAUCCGAAGUUGUAAAAACGUGCCCACCGCGGCCUCGCGAAAGGCAAGGGGGGAUAUUGUGUUGAGACCAGGUCCGGAACCUUGUUUUGGGACUCGCGCAUGACAAACUUGGCGUUGGAGUGUACUAGUCGUGCGUUGCUGGUCCAGACGGGUCACACAUCCCGUCUCUUAUCCGGAUGAGCGCAUGACAGAUUUUUUCCAAACACGACUAGAAAAUACCUCUCAUCGUUGACGAGCUGCACAAGUCUGGAGUGGGGCCGUUUUUACAUAGGAUAAGCAUUCUGACCAAAACAACAAUCGACGAAUUAGAGGAGCAGAUGGAAUAUGCAGUGCAAAAACAUUAUGUUUGGGUCUGGAAGACGAACCUCGCUACGGUACGUCGUCCUUCGCUCUCCCGCCUCUCUGGGUCAAAAUGUAAAAGUGAAACCUGCAUGAAAACAAACCUCGCAAUUUUAUUCCAGACCCGGACGUUUACAUUUUUACACUGCAUAUGGAAAGCGGCGAAAACAACCGGGCAAAAAAACAGAAGCUGCCGCCGCCCAGAGCGUAUCCUGCACAAAAGUUUAAUUUAUCGUGCUAGCCCGACUAACUGGAAUUGCACUUUUGCUUAUGCCUGACCGAUUUUUUUUCUGACCUAACCCACCUGCACGAGAAACCUCAUUCUUCCUCCUGGAAUGUUGAUAUGAAUUUGUGAUGUAAUAGCAAAGUCUGCGAUAGUACUCCUGUAAAAAUGCAUAAACCAUUGGCCUGGAAUCUCCGGUGCGUGCACAAAAAUCCGGACUUCGCACCGCCCGAGCCGGUGGUGGACGGUGGGUGGGGAAACAGUGGGGUCAAGGCGGAGGCAGGUACUCAAACAGUACUCGCUAGAGCUGAGAACUAGUUAGGGAAACUUUACUUUUCGUAUUCGCCCUUAUUAUCGUGAGAAGUUGUGGGGUCGUUUGUUCGAUUUUGAAGCAAUGUUUUAUCUUCCUCACACAACAACAAUUACAGGCGCAAACCAGGAGGGCAACGACGGAGACGACAACCUGAACGCGCCGGAUGAUCGAGACAACAAGAAAGCGGAUGAAGACGAGAUGAUGAAGGACUCCGAGGAAGCGCAUAGAAAAGCGGAGGAAAAGGCAAGAAAAGCGGAGGAACAGGCAGCACGUGACAAGCUUGUGGAGGAAACCGCCAGAGAGAUGGCGGCUAAGCGGGCGCUGCGGGCGCAGAAGAAGCUCGAAGAGGAGCAGAAAAAGCAGGCGGAUAUCAACUACAACCAUGUCUUUGAAAUAAAUCUGUAUUGCAUAAGCAGCAAGCCGCGCCUCACUCUCGUCAACGUCAUGCAAAUAGUCGCAGCUUGUUUUAUGCGUGCUGUGUAUGAGAAAGCGUGAAAAAAAUUUCAAUUUGUCUUCGCUUCCCUGCAGUUAGAGGCAAACUCAAUCAGAACCAUUCAGCAUGACAAGUUUAUUGCAGACCUCCCAGACAUGUUUGCAAUUCAUAGCAAAGGCGGCCAACGCAAAGCUGUCGGAGGAGGAGAAAAAGCGCAUCGCGGAAAGACGCGCGGCAGCACUGGCGAAAAAGAAGGAGCUGAUGGAGCAGAGAGCGCAAAAUGGAGGACAAGCUGCUUCACAGGUGGGAGGAAAUCGGGAGAUGAGUGUCGCAUCCGUACAACCGGCACCACAGACCACGACGAGCUUGUCCGAGGAGCAGAAGAAGCGCAUCGCGGAGAACAAGGCGAAGGCGUUGGCCAUGAAAGAGCAGAAGAGAAAAGAGGCGGAGGAGAGGCAGAAAUCGGCGUAAAGGAAACUUUAGAAAUGUGUUAUGAGUUGUCUUCUGAAAGGUUCUUGUGGCAAGUGUCAGCAGGAGGAGCUGUGAGUUGAUACAGAUCGUGGAUACAGCUCGUGGAGCUGUGAGUUGAUACAGCUGUGAAGUCGAGAGGAUUCAGAAAUACCGUGAUGGUCGACAUGAAGAAGAAACUCCGUGC